AUGGAGUAUUUUGUUCUUUUAAUCGUGGCCUUGAUAGCAGCAUGGUCUACCGUUGUACUCUCACGGCGGCGGCGAGGCCCCGGUGGCAAGUUCCCUCCAGGGCCUCGUCCCCUGCCGAUAGUCGGAAACAUCUUCCAACUCCGUGGCGACCCCCACAAGUCCUUGGCCGAGCUCGCCAAAACCCACGGCCCGCUAAUAUCCCUCCGCCUCGGUACCCAAUUCACCGUCGUCGCCUCCUCGCCGGAGAUGGCGGCGGAGAUACUCCAGAAGCGUGGGAACGCCUUCUCGAACAGAUCCAUCCCGGCCGCAGUCUACAUCUACGGGUUCGACAAGGCCUCGUGGAACACCAUGCCCGCGGACUCGGCCGCGUGGAAAAGAAUCCGCCGGGUCGGGCGAGAGCAGCUCUUCUCCCAUCAGGCGCUUCAGAAAACGGAGGGGCAGCGCCAAGAGACGCUGCGGAAGCUUGCUGAACACGUGCGCGGGUUCAGCGAGCGGGACCAGGUGAUGAACGUCGGGGAGGCGACGUUCACCACCAUGACGGACCUGGUGUUCUCGACUCUCUUCUCGAUCAAUCUCACCGAUUACGGCGCUGCCGAUUCGCUAGCGAAUAAGGAGUUCAGGGAGCAUGUUAAUGGCUUCACCAGGUAUAUUGGGGUUCCGAAUAUUUCUGAUUUUUACCCCUUCUUAGCGCCGUUGGAUCUGCAAGGGAUCCGACGGAAGAUCGGGCAUCAUCUCAGGAGCUUGCUGGGUUUAGUCGAGGGCAUGGUCCAGCGGCGAAUGCGUCAACGGAGGGACUCCGAUUACAACAAAAUGAAUGAUUUUCUGGAUACGCUUCUUGACAUGGCGGAACAAACUCACUAUGAGUUGACCAUCAAACAAAUCAUACAUAUCUGUUUGGACAUAAUUAUUGCCGGAUCAGACACUAGUGCAGCCACAACGCAAUGGGCAAUGGUAGAAUUACUACUCCACCCUGACAAAUUGGCAAAGCUUAAAGCAGAACUUAAGAGUGUUCUUGGAGAUAAAAGUAUCGUGGAAGGAUCCGACAUCUCUAGACUCCCAUACUUGCAAGCCACAAUUAAUGAAGUGUUCCGGUUUCAUCCGGUCGCACCUAUACUAGGUCCACGUGAGGCUGGGGAGGACACACAGGUAAAUGGCUACACAAUACCCAAGAAUGCGAAGAUAAUCAUCAACUUUUGGGCAAUUACUAGAGAUCCAAACAUAUGGCAGAAUCCUGAGUCGUUUGAGCCUGAAAGGUUUCUCGGUAAGGAUAUAAAUUUCGAGGGCCAACAUUUCGAGUUGAUUCCAUUUGGAUCAGGAAGGAGAAUUUGCCCUGGCAUGCCACUAGCUAGUCGCGUGUUGUUUUGCAUGGUGGCAACGUUGUGUCAUAACUUUGAUUGGGAACUUGAGGGAGGGACCGACACUAAAGCCAAACUACUGCAAAGAGAAGAUGUGUUUGGACUAGCCUUGCAAAAGAAAUCACCCCUUAAGGCCAGACCCAUCAAGGUUUGAUGGUUUCGUAAGAUUUGCAUGGAUUCGCUUCUCGUUGUGUUAUGAAUAAAUAUAAAAUAAAAUGUGAAACAUUGUUGUAAUAAGUGUCCAUGAAUGUAUAAUAAAUGUAUUCUAAACUAAUGUAUAUCAUGCAAAUCUUUUUUCUUUUUAACGAA